CAUCUUUGAUCAUUAAUUGCAAAGAAAGCAGUGGGGAGACAUGUGAAUCCAUCCAGCCAUCCAUUUUCUAUGCCGCUUGUCCUCACUAGGGUCGUGGGGGUAUGCUGGAGCUUAUCCCAGUUGACUUCUGGCGAAAGGCGGGGUCACCCUGGACUGGCGGAAGCAUGUAAAUCGUGUUAUGUUAUUUCUAUUUUGUUUACUUGCGGGAACAUUGGUCAAGGCAUUGUAACAGUAAAUGAUUAACCUCAUUAGUCCUCGGGCUCCCACUUGUGCAAACAAAGGAGAAAUCGUCUGUUUUUAAAUGACCAUAUAUUUAGUAAAAUGCUUGCCUAAAUGGGACAGCAUUCUGCCAUCUGAUUCCAUUCUUGUACAAAGCACGGACCCGGCUUGGGAUAGCUGCCAGAUGAAGUCAUUUAUGCACUUUGGGAGUUGACCAUUAACUUGAGCAGAUGACAAACAGCCCUCACUUGUAAGCAGUUGCCGUUGCUUCACUGUGCAUCCUGAAGCAAAGUUCACAGACAGCAGGCGGAGGUCUGCUGAUCUCCGGAUUCCCGUCUAUUUUUUAUAUUGUGUAAAUAAAUACGCAUCAGCAGUCAUGGCUAGAGCAAGCUACGGAUACUAUAGGGCCACUAUAUUUUUGGCCAUGUUUGUCGGCUAUGCACUUUACUACUUUAAUAGGAAGACAUUCUCUUUUGUGAUGCCUUCACUGAUGCAGGAAAUCAAGCUGGAUAAGGAUGACCUGGGCAUGAUCACCAGCAGCCAGUCUUUGGCCUACGCUAUCAGUAAGUUCAUCAGCGGCGUGCUGUCAGACCAGAUCAGUGCACGCUGGCUCUUCUCCAUUGGCCUGCUCAUGGUGGGAGGCAUCAAUGUCGUCUUCUCCUGGUCAUCCACCGUGGCUGUCUUCUCUGCACUGUGGUUCCUCAACGGCCUGGGCCAGGGCCUGGGAUGGCCUCCCUGUGGACGAGUGCUGCGCAAGUGGUUCGAGCCCUCCCAGUUCGGAACGUGGUGGGCAGUCCUGUCCUGCAGCAUGAAUCUGGCAGGCAGCUUGGGCCCCAUCAUCGCCACCGUGCUGGCCCAGACAUACAGCUGGAGGACCAUCCUGUCCAUGUCUGGACUCAUCUGUGUGGCCGUCUCCUUUGUGUGCCUGCUGGUCAUCAAGAACGAGCCCAAAGACGUGGGUCUGCCCGAUGUAGAAGUGGCAGCCAAGAAGAGCAAAGGAGACUCAUCCAGUGAUGAGAGCACACUGUCGGAGUUCCUGCUUUCUCCUUACCUGUGGCUGCUGUCAGUCUCCUACCUGGUGGUGUUUGGGGUGAAGACAGCCUGCACUGACUGGGCACAGCUGUUUCUCAUUCAGGACAAGGGACAGUCUGCACUCAUGGGUAGCUCAUACAUGAGCGCCCUGGAGGUGGGAGGUCUGCUCGGCAGCCUGGCAGCAGGUUACCUCUCUGACAAAGCUGUGGCCAAACAAGGCUUGAGGAUUUACGGCAAUCCUCGCCACUUUGUCUUGGUCGCCAUGAUGGUGGGGAUGUUUGCGUCCAUGCACCUGUUCAGAAUCACCAUCACUCCAGACAGCCCGAAGGUGUGGAUCCUCAGCUUGGGUGCUGCUUUUGGGUUCUCCUCCUACGGGCCAAUCGCCUUAUUCGGGGUUAUAGCCAAUGAGAGUGCUCCAUCCAACUACUGCGGGAUGUCACAUGCUAUUGUUGCCCUCAUGGCAAACAGUAAGUGGAUUAUUGUUUCCCUUCAGAAAUGUGACUUGAAGGAACACCAACAUAAGUUGAAUGUUCAAGAUGAAACGCUCCACCACAACAUCAUCAUCAAACUUACCGCACCUGCUUUUUCAUAUACUUCGGUGGCUUCCUCUCCGGGCUUCCGUUCAGCACCGUCGCCAAGCAUCACGGCUGGGAAACAGCCUUCUGGGUGGCAGAAAUGGUGUGUGGUGUCACCGCCGCCACCUUCUUCCUGCUGCGUAACGUCCGAACCAAGAUGGGUCACGUGGCCAAGAAGUCCGACUGAGACGUCAAAUGCCAGAAGAUAAAUAUGUGACGCCUUGACUAUUACUUUUUGACCUAAUACUGUAGUUUUGUACGCACCACAGUAGUAGAUACAGUGUGUAAAAAGAAGUUUAUAGAAACGUUAGGCAGGAAUGUAAUUAGGGAGCAAAUGAAAUACACUACUAAGUAAGUGCUUCCUCAAGUAUUACCAUAACAACAUUAACUACCCUUAUUUUUUUUAAACACCUUCUAAAACUUGAAUAAACAUAUUUUCUGUCAUUUGUACAGAAACAAGCAC